AUGUUUAGUAAAUUUAUUCACGAUCGUAUAUGGGGAUCAUGUGAUCACGAUUGUGCUUCAAAAAAUAACUUUAAAGAAUUUAAAAAAAGAUCUUUGGAAGAAUUAAACGAAUAUAGAAAAUUACAUUACGCAAAUAAACUUUAUACUUCUGAAUCUCUUGAUAAAAUUGCGCAAAAAGAAGCAGAUAGAUAUAUAAAAACAAAAGGAGAUCAAACAUGUAAACUAAAAGAUGAUUAUGGUUGUGUUACUUCUAAAUUAUAUAAAACAUUUAUUACAUUCUUUAUUCAAACAUUAUAUGAUGAGUUACUUCUUACUUAUAGAUGGAAAAAGAAAUAUUUAAAAAGAAAACAUUUACAUUUGGUACAAUUAAUUUGGAGAAAAGCAAAAUAUAUUGGUAUUGGUAUAGCUAAAGAAAAAGAUUGUGUUUAUUUAGUCUUAGCAUUUUCUUCUAAAGUAAAAACUCAUUCAGGUUACAAAUAUAAUGUUUUACCAAUUAGAAAUAAAUAUAUUUUAAAGUACAGAAAUCUUAUAUGA